AUGUCGGCAACAUCGCCCAUAUCGAAACAGCUGAUUACUGUGGAGGAGAGGCAACAAACAAUAAGAGAACAACUUCAUUCCAGAAUGAACCAACGGGAUUUGGAGUGGAAGCAGGAGGUGGAGCAACUAAAAAAACAAUUCUUCACGGAUGGUUCUGUUACUGGGAUGAUGGACAGAAAUCGAUUUUACAGUAGUGGCAGUGAUAAUUGGGGAGUUAAUAACAAUAAUAAUAAUAGAGAAAAUGGUUUUUAUUACUACAACGACACAAAAGCAACGAGUAGUAACGGUGGCAACUUUAGAGAAAAUAAUGUUUACUCGCCCGAUUCCAUUAAAUCCUCAUUCACUCCACCUAUUUCGCCAGAUUUGCAGCACCAUUUCCAGCAACAAAAUUUUGACAAAUUGUCUUCUUCCACAAAUCAACAACAACAACAAAAUAAAAAUUAUUAUUACCAACAGCAACCACAACAACUACAGCAGCAGCCAUUUCAGCAGCAACAACCACAACAAUUUACAGUACUAUCGAAAAGACCAACACCUUUUUCCAGCAAUUUAAGCAGGUUUUCCCACAUUGGCGAUAUAAACCCACGUUCCAACGUUAUUUCGCCAACAAACUUUAUUUCGAACUCAUCGUCGUCGUCGUCAUCAUCUUCGUUAUCUCCAGUUCUGUUUAGACAUGAAUUUGAAGUGAAAAAUUUUCUGCCAGAAGAAAUUAAAGUGACGACGGAGAAAGGGAAACUUAUCGUCUUUGCAUCACACAAGGAAACUGGAUUGAACAAAUCAGUAAGCAAAGAAUUCAAACGAACUGUUGACAUUCAAAAUGACCUUGACCCAUCUCAACUGUUGUGCACACUGACUCAGGACGGAAAACUCAUUGUGGAAAUAUCAAAGAGUCCCCCGUCGUCCAAACCCUGCCAGUUCGGAUUUGACGAUGUCAGGCCGUCAGCCCCCACACUCCUUGCUAACAAUAACUUCAAUUUAUCGGCUGUGGAUAAUUAUCUCAGCAAAAAUUCGUCAUUUGUUUCAACCAGGUUUAGACCGAUCGAGACUCAAGAAAAUAAAUUUCCAAGCGUCAGUAAUCAGCAACAAAUGUCUCAUCAAGUUGUCUUCCUCAACAGUGAAACAACUUCUUCAGACAUCAACCACCAACCAACACUUUCGACAUUGCAAUCCAAUAAAAAGGACAGGUACGCUGAUCACAAAAACGAAGGUUGCAACAAAAUUAAUACAAAUAAAAACUACAUCAACGGCCUUUCAUACACAUUUCCACAUAAAAAAACGUCAUUGCCCGAUUUGAUUGAUACCACAAACCACAACAUCGACAACUAUUCUCAGAAUUGCACAAAAUUCCAAUGUGACAAUGACAGCAGCAGCAACUUCUUUACAUCAAGAAAUAAAACAGACGCCUUGCACACAAUCGAGCAAACACACUCAGCGGAUUAUUACAACCAUCAAAACUCGCCGAACGACUUAGACCAGUUCACGGAGAUUUUAAAACUCUCUGACGAUCAGAAUCUUACGUACGAAAGCGGUGUAACGGUUAUUCGUUCAACAAACAGACCAUUCCAUGUCGGUUUGAAUGUUGGUUUCGGUGUCGAUCCGAAUGAUAUGAAAAUCGACGCAGUUGACGGGAUAUUAUUGGUCAGAAUCAGCAACAGCUGGAAUGCCAAUGAUCAUGACACUAAGAAAACCACACGGAUGUGGAAGGUUCACCUACCUGAAGAGUUGGAUCCCGUCAAUAUGAACGCCCACCUGACCGAUGAAGGAUUACUUUUGCUGGAAGAAACCUGCUGAACAACCACUGCACAUGAUAUGAAAUCAAAAUUAAUAAGAUAGCUUAUUUUACUAAAAUGUUUGAAUUGUUUGUAAGGUGUAACGUAAACAACAAUUAUAUCAUUUAUUUUAUGUAAUUUUAAAAUUUAAUAAUGUAUAUAAUUUUAAUUUAUUUUUUCAAAUUCACUUACUUUUUAUUUUUUUGGAUAUUUUGAAAUUUUGUGUUUUCAUCAUGAAUAUUCGAUAAAAAUAAACACAUGGAAGCUUAUAAAA